UAUUAGGGGCACACAUAUUUUUGUGUUGGAUGUUAUGAGUAGGUACAUCAGUAUGGCCUCUUCGCUCAGAGACAAAAAGAUGGAAGGAAGAGUAUGGGUAUGGAGAGAGGUAAAAUCCAAAAAACAACUUUGUUUAGAAGUGCGGCUGAAGGAAGAAAUAGAUGAGGACCAUCGAAAGGAUACAAACCAACAGGAUUUUUUAGUAUUGUUCUAGUAUGGGGGAUGGAUAAUCGAGGGGAUGAGUUGCCACUUGCCACUUGCCACUUGUCUUGGAAAGCCAUCACUCAUUCUUCUAUCCAACCUCGAUAACCCCCUUUAGGCUAACUUUGUGACACGUGUACUUGCAUGGGCUCUGAUUCUGCCACUAUAUUCCAUGAACAAUGCUUAUCUAUAUAGAUUGAAGCCUUCUUCUUAUCAGAUUCAGAACCUUCCCCCCUCCUCCACCUUUAACCAUGUCUGCCUUUGUUGGAAAGUAUGCAGAGGAGCUGAUUAAGAAUGCCAAGUACAUUGCAUCACCAGGGAAGGGCAUAUUAGCUGCUGAUGAGAGCACUGGCACAAUAGGAAAGCGGCUGGCAAGCAUAAGCGUUGAGAACGUGGAGUCCAACCGCCAAGCCCUUCGUGAGCUUCUCUUUACCUCUCCCAAUGCUCUCUCUUAUCUCUCAGGUGUAAUCCUCUUCGAAGAGACUCUUUACCAAAAGACAUCAGAUGGGAAGCCGUUCGUGGAAGUGCUUCAAGAGAACAAUGUAAUUCCAGGCAUCAAAGUUGACAAGGGCACUGUCGAGUUGGCUGGCACCAACGGCGAGACCACAACCCAAGGCUUCGACUCCCUUGGAGCUCGGUGCCAACAGUUCUACAAAGCCGGCGCUCGCUUUGCCAAGUGGCGUGCUGUUCUCAAGAUUGGUGCUUCUGAGCCCUCUGAGUUGUCUAUCCAACAGAACGCUCAGGGCUUGGCUCGUUAUGCCAUUAUCUGUCAGGAGAAUGGGUUGGUUCCUAUUGUAGAGCCUGAAAUCCUCACUGAUGGUACUCAUGAUAUCAAGAAGUGUGCUGCUGCUACUGAGAUUGUGCUGGCUGCGGUUUACAAGGCUCUGAGUGACCACCAUGUGCUUCUUGAAGGGACCCUCCUCAAGCCCAAUAUGGUCACCCCUGGCUCCGCUAGCCCAAAGGUAGCUCCAGAGGUAGUGGCAGAAUACACAGUAGCUGCACUUCUUCGAACCGUCCCAGCCGCCGUCCCAGGGAUCGUGUUCCUGUCGGGAGGACAAAGCGAAGAAGAAGCGACACUGAACCUGAAUGCCAUUAACAAAUUGCAAGUGUUGAAGCCAUGGACCCUUUCCUUCUCAUUUGGGCGAGCACUGCAGCAAAGUACGCUGAAGAUAUGGAGUGGGAAGAAGGAGAACGUUGGGAAAGCUCAAGAAGCGUUCUUGGUUAGGUGCAAGGCGAACUCGGAGGCCACUCUGGGGAAGUACGGCGGUGGGAGCGGCAACGGGUUGGCCUCGGAGAGCCUGUACGAAGCUGGGUACAAAUACUAAAAUAACUUCCAACUGUGUGUAUAAUAAUAUACCGUACUGCCCGCCCCUGCUGGAUCUUCUUCUUCUUCCCUGCUUCUGAAUGCAUACAUCUAACGAAGCUCUGUACACCAUCAUAUCUCUGUGCUUCCUAAGUCAUUUGAAAGGCUAAGCGUUACUAUUUUGGUGGUGUGGUGUUAGUUUUCUUAUUCC